AUACAGGAAGUUCCCCGCCCUUCACCUCCUGCCAUAUUGCCAUUCGCUUGUCUUCCGCUUGCCAAAGCAGUAAGCAGUAGAGCAGUACUGUUUCUACUGAUAAUUUGCAUAAUUUCUAGCCUCUGUUCAAUCAAAUACAAAUUUUCCAAGUUUACCUUGUCAAUCAACGAACUACCAGUAUGGCAGAUCCAGCGACAGAUCAUGUUAACACACCUGAAGAAGAGUUGGAAGUUGAAGCAAAUUACAAACCUCCCCCAGAGAAAACAAUUGAACAAAUAUUAGAAGCAGACAAAGAAGAUGAGAGCUUACGCAAGUAUAAGGAAACCCUUCUUGGCGAAGCAAAAGCUGGAGCUAUCGUCGUAGAGCCCCAAGAUCCGAGAAAAGUAAUUGUAAAAAAACUUGCACUCUGUGUAAAUGACCGGCCUGACAUGGAAUUGGAUUUGACUGGAGACCUGACGCAGCUUAAAAAGCAGUCUUUCGUAAUUAAGGAAGGUGUGAGCUACAAGAUUCGCAUUGACUUCAUUGUACAGAGAGAAAUAGUACACGGACUGAAAUAUGUGCAGAAAACUUAUCGGCUUGGUGUUCCUGGAGUAACAGUGGACAAAAUGACUCAUAUGGUGGGAUCAUACCCUCCAAAGUCGGAGAUCCAGUCGUAUACAACCCCAUCUGAGGAUGCGCCUGCGGGUGUUAUGGCUAGGGGUUCUUAUACGGUGAAUUCCCUCUUCACGGACGAUGAUAAACACGAACACCUAAAAUGGGAGUGGUCCUUCGACAUCAAGAAGGACUGGAAGGAGUAGGAAUCGUUCAAUCUUUUGUGUUUUUUCCUGUCCCCCAUGAGAAGAAAAUGAAGCUGUCAGGCACCUACCCUGAACCUACAAGUAUAUGCAAUUAUAAUAGGAAUUAAGAAAUACUGAAAAUAUUUCGAUAAACUUUUACUGUGUCUACUGUGUAUUUGAUAAUGUCAAAUGUCAUUGAUGCCAUGAUUAUCUAUCAUAACUGUAAGAAAACAAACGGUAUUUAUUUAGUAUUUGCAUCUUACUUGAAGAAAUAUAGCUAAUAUUAAAUUCGAAUCGUGAACAUUUCUGUAAAUAAUCGAGUAAAUACGUUUAACAUGACAAAAGAGAAGUUAAAAAAGCAAAUUUUUCUACGGAAACCUCUUUAAGCUUAGCCUAGCUUUUUUUUCAUCCAAUCAAUCAUAAGGAUACACAAAAUAAACCGGAUCCAAAGUUAUCAAUAUUUACCAAUAACAGUAGUGCAGAUAUUAAAUAAUUAUCUAAACUGUAGUGCCUCUGGGUGCUGGGAAGUUUUGAAGGUUUUUUGCUUAAGCUCAGGAAGGAAAAGGAGCGAUAGGAAUUAUAUUAGAUGUAGAGAUAUGAGAAAGAAAGAAGGGUAUUAGAAGCGAAGCGUUUGAUGAAUUUUGCAAUUUCGUACAUUUAUAUAGAUAUAUACAUACAAUACUUGGAAUGAACUUAACGUAAAUAAAUCAUGGAGGAUGAUGAAAGUCAUUAUUAAAGUUUUAAGAAAUGAGAAUAUGGCAAACCGAUUAUUAUUAUUAUUAUGUAAUUAUGAUGAUAAUCGUGAUAGUAUUAAACAAUCUUGUCUUGUUUUGUGCUAUCAGUGAGAUGGAUUUGAGUAACGAAGCGAUUAGCUAAUGAAAAUUACUUAUAUUGAUACCAGUCUAUAGAACUAUAAGAAAUAAAAAUCACACCAUCAUAUGUAUAUAAUCCAAAUACUCUAAAUCGUAUAGUAUGCAUGUGAUAUGCAUAUUAUAACAAAAUAUUCCUAUACGAUUAUGGAUAUUGUCAAUCUCCAUAUUCCAUCAUUGGGAUAUUAUAAAAUAAGUUCGCUUGUCGAGGCGGCGAAAUUUAUAACUUCGCUAAUUGCAAUGAAUUUGUACCGUUACUCGUAAAGUUAAUAAUAAUUACAUGUAAUAUAAAUAUCGAAAAUUGUUAUAUUUAUAACAGCCAAUUCAUCUCACCCUUAUGUAAUACAAGAUUCAUCUCGUUCAUUUGAAACUAUAUACUGUGCUUUCAAAUUACACCAUACUUGCUAGCCAUCUAGUUGAGUCACGGUCACUUCAUCUACUGAGAAAAAAAUAAAUGGUUUACAAAGAA